AUGAAGAUUCAGUGCAACGUGUGUGAGGCUGCGGAGGCCAAGGUUCUGUGUUGUGCGGAUGAGGCUGCGCUUUGUUGGGAGUGUGAUGAAAAGGUUCAUGCUGCUAACAAGCUUGCCAACAAGCACCAGAGAGUUCCUCUUUCUAGCUCUUCCUCUCAUAUGCCCAAAUGUGACAUUUGCCAGGAAGCAUUCGGCUAUUUUUUCUGUCUAGAGGACCGGGCUCUGUUCUGCAGAAAAUGUGAUUUGGCAAUACACACUGCAAAUGCUUAUGUAUCUGGUCAUCAAAGGUUUCUUCUCACUGGUGUAAGAGUAGGCCUUGAAGCUACAGAGCCUGGCGCUUCUUCAACUUCAUUGAAAUCAGAUUCUGGGGAGAAAAUUUCGGAUACAAAGUCGUCUUCUAUCUCUAGAAAGGCUUCUACAGUGCCUCAGCCAUCAGAAUACAAUGAAUUGUUACCUAUUGAAGUUGGAGGAGUUGGAGGCUUUCCACCAGCUAAGGAGUCUUUUGGUGGUGGUUCUACAGCUGGAAAUAUCUCACAAUGGACAAUAGAUGAAUUUAUUGGCCUAAACGAGUUUAGUCAGAAUUAUGAUUACAUGGAAGGAUCAUCAAGGGCUGACAGCGGUAAGUUAGGUGAUUCUGAUUCUCCUGUUUUAAGAUCCGGUGAUGAGGAAAUGGAGGAGGAUGACUAUUUGGAACGUGUUCCAGAUUCGUCAUGGACAGUUCCUCAGAUUCCUUCCCCACCUACAGCUUCAGGGUUACACUGGCCAAAAGACCCUCGUUAUUCAUCUCAUAGUCUUCUGUUUGUUCCUGAUAUAAGCUUUUCUCACAUGCAACACUCUCAGAUCAGUAGUAUUUUUUCAAGACGCAGGAAGCAGCUUUAA